UUUAAACUUUAUAGAUAAAACUAAACUAAACUUUUGUAAAAAAAUAUUUUCAAAAUUGGUGGUGUUAACUAUUUUCUAUCGAACUUAUCCAUAUAACAAUAGACGCAGGCUUCAAAAUUUUAAGAUCAAACAGUUAUAAAAACUUCAAUAUAUCGGAGAAAGCGUUGCAUUCAAGUUCGCAAAAUGGCAACACAAAAGUCAAAAGGAAAAUGUGUAGACAAUGUUUUUGAAAAUCGUUACAAAUCUGCAAGUCGUAAAGAAGGAUUUACUAAUUCAAAAUAUGUAGCACCGGUUCCAGUUACCAAGGAGAAAAGUAUCAAGUCGUCUAGUUAUGGUGAAGUAAAUAAGAAACCGCAAUCACCUAAGAUUCCCUUCGUUUCAAGAAUUCGUAUACCGAGUGUUUCAGAUCCUCGUGGUAAGCAUGUACCUAAUGGUUCUAAAAAUAAUUUACCAGAGGUAAGUGCUGACAAAAAAGUAAAGUCGGACGGUAAGAUAGUUGUUGGAAAUUUGAAAACCAAUUCCCAAACCAAUGAGAUCGGAGUAAAGCUGCGUAAAUCUAGUGAAGCUAUAGCCAGCAGCACAAUGACUGAGGACAAUGAAUGUAUCAACAAUCAAUAUAGUGUAGCUGAUUUCCUGCAAAAGAGAUCAUUAUCAGAUAUUGGCACUAUAUCACACCAAAAGUCGGUUUUAGAGGAUAGAAAAAAUCAAUCUAAAGUAGCAAUUAUAUCUAACGAUUAUUCGUUGGUUAAGAGUAAUCCUUCUACCACUUAUGCUGAAUGCCAUCUUAAUCGUCAAUAUGCAGCCAUGAAGAUAUAUUCCGUUUUACUCUUUAAUGUGUGGCAAAAGAAACUCCGUGAAGUCGAUCGCAUUACUGAGAAACUAGAAGCCAUCAAAAAGUCUUACAUUGGCUGCAGAAAUCAAAAACUUGUGGUUAGUACAAUGCUUCGUAUGGAGCAAAAGCGUAAUCAGAAAAUUCGUCAAAAACUGGAUGAGUCUACUGAACUAUUACGUACAACUAAUGAAUCAUGCAAGUUCUUACAAAGUACAGUUAAUUCAAUAACCACUGAGAAAAAGGUUCUAGAACAGGAAAUUAAAAAUAAAGACAAUCAAUAUGAUGAUCUCCAAACUACAAUUGCCUUAGUCGAAUCCGAACUAACCAAAGCAAGAUGUGAACAAGCUGAGUUACGUUUUAAGCUUAACGCAGAGAGGUUCCAGUCUGAGAUGUUGACCAAACAAGUUAAUAAUUUGGUAGGAGUUAUAUUUAUGUUGAAUCAACAAAGGCGUGUAUUGUCCAAUAAAUUGUUCAUGGUAUUAGCAUCAAAAAAUAUACAGUAUCUGCACAUGCAAACUGAAGUUAAAAGUCUUCAGAGUCUGUGUGAUGAACUAAAGUUGAAAGAACUUGACAUUAAGAAAUAUCAAGAGGAAGAAGAAGUACUCAAGAAGGAAUAUGAAGGUUUACGUUUAGAUAUUACUAAUCUGGAAAAUUCCUUAAAGGAUACUUAUGUGCAGCGCUUUAAGCAUUUCUGGAGUAGUCAGUUCAAUUUCCCGAUUGUAGCAUUACAUACGCUUAAAUUCGUAUUAUAUUUUGUAAUGCCUAUUGCUCCAACACUAUUUUUUGGCUCAGGACCUGCGAAGAAGAUACCCUGAAGAUAUAUUGACGUAGAAUCUUGUAUUUGUUUUUUCUUUGUUUUUUUGAUAUUCAGUACAUUUAACAAAAAUUUCAUUUUUAGAAAUAUUAUUGCUGAUGUAUUGAUUGCUGUUGAUUGUUUUUCUGACUGGUGAUCUUGAAGUAAAAUUUUUAAUUAAUUUAUAGGUUAUUAA